ACCAAAGAUUUGUCUUCAAGUAGUGUGAAAAUUACCAAGAUUUUCUCUCUAAUCAGUUCUUGUUCAUGCUGCUUUUAAUACAAUAAUCUCAACUUCUCAAGAGAAAGGGAAAAAAAACAGGAGUUAUCGGUUUACAUUUCACUGUCUUGUGUUUUGUUAUCAGUUGAAGGAGGUUUGAUGGAUGGAUUUGAUGAGCAUACUGAGAUAAAUGGAGAUUGGAUACCUCCUAGCCCUAGCCCUAGAUCUAGAUCUUUUUUCUCUGCUAUUUUGGGUUAUGAUACUGGCUCAAGGGAGUCACCUAAGGAUGAUGAUAACAAUACCACUGGUUUCACCUUUCCUGGACCAGAUAAACAAUUUGGAUAUGAAAAUGGACAACCAACAAAAGCAAGUUCAAGGUCAGGUCUUGUUGAAAGGAUGACAACUAGAGCCGGUUAUAAUGCUCCAAGCCUGAAUACGGACAUUAUCAGACCUUCCGCCGUUGAAUCUCCUUACUUGACAAUUCCUCCUGGUCUCAGUCCAACAUCUCUUUUGGAUUCUCCAGUUUUCUUGUCAAAUUCACCAGUUCAGCCAUCUCCAACAACUGGGAAAUUCCCAUUUGCUCCAAAUGAUAAUGGUAACAGUAGAAGAUCCAUGAUGUUCUCAGAUUUCCCUAAAGAUAAUUUAUUUGAGGACUUGAACACUUCAUCUUUUGCAUUUAAACCUGUUCCUGCUUCCGGUGCUCCUAUAAAGGUCAAUCCACCCUUUAUGUCUUGGCAAUCUUUGCAAAGUAUAGAAGCAUCAGGUCAAUAUGAGAAUCGUUUCCCAAUUCAAAGUAUCGAAACCGAUAAGGUUCACUCCCAAAAUGGAAACUCAAACUUGUCUGAUGUGAAGAAGGCAGAAGUUAACAACUUCACAUAUCAAAGCAGGCCAUUUGGAGUUAAUAAUGAUAAGGUCGAAGAACAUUAUGAUGAGGAUACAAAUCAAUUAAUCAACGGGGACAAUGCCAAUGCUAAUGUCACAUCUGAGGACGGAUAUAAUUGGAGAAAAUAUGGACAAAAACAAGUGAAGGGAAACGAGUAUCCUAGAAGCUAUUACAAGUGCACUCAGCCAAAUUGUCCUGUCAAGAAGAAGGUGGAGCGAUCUCAGGAUGGUCACAUCACCGAGAUUAUCUACAAGGGAGCCCAUAAUCAUCCAAAACCUCCCUUCAAUCGUAGGUCGGAGAUUGGAUCAUCAAGUUGUGUUGAGGGAGAUCCUGUUUGGAGAAAUGGUGAUUGGGGGCAUGAUGGUAAUCUUGAAGUGACAUCAUCAACUAUGAGUCACCAUGGUCCAAGUGGAAGUCGGUUUGAAUCUAGUGAUGUUAUGGAUAUCUCCUUGACAUUUUCUAGCGAAGAAGAAGAAGAAGAAGAAGAUGAACGUGCAACACAUGGCGCUGUAUCAUUAGGCAAUGAUGGUGAAGGAGAUGAAUAUGAGUCUAAACGAAGAAAGAUUGAAGGUUGUGUAGUGGAUAUAAGUGUGGGCAACAUUGCCAUGAGGGAGCCAAGAGUGGUUGUUCAAACAAUGAGCGAGGUGGAUAUUCUUGAUGACGGAUACCGCUGGCGCAAGUAUGGGCAGAAAGUUGUAAAAGGAAAUCCUAAUCCAAGGAGUUACUACAAGUGCACAAGCACAGGAUGCACAGUAAGGAAACAUGUGGAGAGAGCUUCGCACGACUUGAAAUCAGUAAUCACAACAUAUGAAGGAAAACACAACCAUGAUGUUCCAGCAGCUCGUAACAACAAUAAUCACCAGUCUCAAAUUCAAAUUCAAAGCAUGAUCGAAAAAAGACAUGAUGUGUGUGGUUAUGGUUAUCGUUAUGGAAUGGAAGGGAAAAUGCCCAUUCAUCAUCAUCAAUAUAUGUUGCCAAAAGGAGAACUUGUCUCUGAUCCUCCAUCUCCUUAUCAUCAUCAAAUCAUGAAUAGCUUGGCAUAUAUUUAAUGUUUAUUCUUAUUUAUUCCUAUCAAAACUUUAUGAUAUUGUUAUUAUUUAAAAUGAAUUUAUUAAAUUGUAUAAAUAAAACU